AUGGACGUCUUGUUCCGUUCUGGUGUACUUAAUCAGCUGGAAGCUAAACGUGAUGAGUUGUUAUCAGAUCGCAUCAUACAAUUGCAAGCAUUCUGUCGUGGAUAUCUUGCGAGAAGACGAGUUGGACAACGUCGUGUGCAGGAACUUGCAGUGCGCUGCAUUCAAAGAAAUGUUCGUGCGUUUAUGCAAGUUCGAGAUUGGCCAUGGUGGCGUCUUCUUGUACGUGUGACACCACUUCUUAACGUCCAUCGUACCGAGGAACAAUUGAAAAUCGCCAACGAUGAAUUACAAUCGCUCAAAGCGAAAAUGGAGAAACUUGAUGCCGAUCGAAGCACACUGAAAACGGAAAAUUCCAAGCUGGAAGCGAAGGUGAGUUCUGUGAUCAAAUUCUAUUAA